AUUUUUUUAUUUUCACUCAUGAGUUCACCUUAUCAUUCGUAUAGUAACAACAGAAGCAGAAAUGGCAGAAACAAUAGUUUUGAUAACAAACAAAACCAAAAACAUGGUCGUAAUGGGAAAGAGAAUGUUUCCAAGACCAUCAGUGUCAGCAAACUCCAUCCACAGACACUACCUGAUACACUGAUGAACUACUUUAAACGAUUUGGUGAUUGUAUAGAAGCGAGUCUGAAUGAAGACGAUGAUGGCAACAGACUCCAUGUGGCCACGAUCAUAUUCAGGUGCGGUCUGGUCUAUCAUUCGCAACUAAUGAUGUUUGUAGAGAUAUACCCAAAGAACCUCAUAAAAUAGCAGGACAACACAGAAUUGAUGGCCGAAUGACAACCGUUGAAUUCAUACGUAACAAAGCCUAUGAGUACCAAGGUCCCAAGCAUGAUAAAUCAUAUCUUCAUGCUCAUUCGUUUUCAAUGGGCAAUAUGAUUGCCAAAGAUCAUUUUGUAGAAGAAUGGAGUACUGUAGCUUCCUAUACUUCACCUAUCAAAUACUCACUGAAUUAUACCAUGCGACGAGUCAUUAUUUUCUUUAGUCAUCUCGACCAAGACUACAAAGUCGAAUACAAGUUCAAAGAUGUCUUUGGUAAUAUGGUAGUCGAAAGGGAGAAGGACACCACUAUUUUCACCAUUCCUCUUAGGCAUCCUGGUACGUAUUGGAUGCAGAACAAAGACAGCGUAUCCACCAGUGCUCGGUCGAUCAAAAAGGGUCACAAAUGGGAACGAGUGGCUCUCAUUCCACGCACUAAAAACUACCAUCGACAGAAAUCCAAGACAUCCAUCUUGCCCAUCACACCAUCCGAUGUGCUGGAUUUAGGCAACUGGCUUGUAUUCCGUGUUGUGUUUCGUCCUAGCUCAAGAGACGCCCGUAUCUUUGAAGACAAUCUACAACAAGCAGCCGAUUAUAACCUUGUGCCCAGAGAUCUGAGUCAGGCCAAAGUAUUCAUUCGACAGACCCAAGGGAGCGACCUCCCUCAACCCUUUGGCCACAAAGAGCGUGUUGAAUUUGGCUUUGAUUUUGACGUCCUCUAUCUGCUUGAAUCCGCUAUUUCACAUCAUUUUAUCAACGAACGCAACUUGACGCGCGAGUUUCUGGAAAAGCUAAAAGAACUGCCUAAAGAUGUCAGUAAAGGUAUCCUUCAGCUCAUCACCACCACAAAAGAACGCGUAUGGGAUCCAGAUCGGUAUUUUAGUGAUGUAUGGCAAAAGAUGGGUAUGAAAGUGAUUGAUAAGCGCACGACGCCGAGCCAUUGUGCCUUGUUGCGUAAAGUGAUCAUCACACCCACCCAGUUCUACAUCCAACCCCCGUCGCUGGAAACCACCAACCGUGUCGUCCGUCAUUUUCGAGAACACACCGAUCGUUUUAUCCGUGUUCAAUUCAUGGACGAAGGCUUUACCAAAGUAGGUUCCAGCAUCACAAGAGAAGGCGAAGAAAACCCUUCAUCGCCUAAAGAUUCGAUCUAUAAUCGUAUCUAUGAAGUCUUGCGCCGAGGCAUCCAAAUCGGCAAAAGACGGUACGAAUUUCUGGCCUUCUCAAGCUCGCAACUCCGAGAACAAGGCUGCUGGUUUUUUUCCCCUCCCAAUUACGAACUGAAUGCCAACAAGGUGCGUGAAUGGAUGGGCGUGUUUACACAUGAAAAAGUCGUGGCAAAACAUGCUGUGCGUAUGGGCCAAUGUUUCUCUUCCACCCGGCCUGUGUGUGUGUUGGACGAACAGGACGUGGAGUUUAUUCCGGACAUCAAGCGCAAUGGAUUUACGUUUUCGGAUGGUGUGGGCAAGAUCUCUUCUUCUUUAGCUGAACAAGUGGCGAUCCAGAUGGACCUGAGGACAGUGCCUAGUGCUUUCCAGUUCCGUCUGGGGGGUGCCAAAGGUGUCUUGACUGUCGAUAAUGCAUUGGAUAAAAAGCAAGUCAAAGUACAGCUACGACCGAGUCAGAUCAAGUUUGAAUCUAAGCAUUUGACACUGGAAGUCAUUCGUACCUCAACGUAUAUCCAUGGCUAUCUGAACCGUCAAGUGAUCACGCUGUUGUCUGCCUUGGGCAUCAAGGACGAGAUCUUUAUGCAGUUUUUUGAUGAACAACUGAAAGAUAUCAACAAGUUGUUUGAACGACCCGAAGAAGCUGUUCAAGUGUUGUUGGGGAACGUGGAUGAAGCAGGCACAGCCUUGACACUGGUGCCCAUGAUUCAAGCUGGUUUCUUGGAACGUGGUGAUCCCUACAUCAAAAACCUGCUGAACCUGUUUCGUGUCAGUAUCCUAAAAGACCUGAAAAAGAAAGCCAAGAUCAUUGUGCCCAAGGGCGCUUAUUUGCUCGGCGUCAUGGACGAAACCAACACACUGGAAGAAGGCCAAGUGUUUAUUCAGGUGAAUGAACCUUCCAACACAGGGAGUGUGAAUCGCAAGAUCAUCACUGGCAGAACGGUUAUUUUCAGAAACCCUUGUUUCCAUCCAGGUGAUGUUCGUAUUGUCGAAGCUGUGGAUCACGAAAACCUGCGUCACUUACAAGACGUGAUUGUGUUUUCGUCCAAGGGGUUUCGCGAUAUUCCAAGCAUGUGUUCAGGUGGUGAUCUGGAUGGUGAUGACUACACGGUUUAUUGGGAAGAAAGACUGUUGCCUCAAAGGAGUUUUCCUCCUAUGGACUACACCGCUGCUCCUCCAAAGACUGUGUCGGACGAAGUCAAGAUUCGUGACAUUCUCAAGUUUUUUGUGAACUAUAUCAAUAACGAUAAUCUCGGUCAAAUUGCGAAUGCUCACUUGGCCACAGCAGAUCAGUCUGCAAAUGGUGCUCGAGACGGUAAAUGUAUUCGUCUGGCUCAACUUCAUUCGGCUGCUGUUGAUUUCCCCAAGACAGGUAUCCCUGCUAAAAUGGAAGAUGAUCUCAAAGUCAAGCGGUUCCCUGAUUUCAUGGACAAGAAAGACAAAGAGAGCUAUCCAUCUCGGAAAGUCUUGGGCCGUAUUUAUCGUGCGAUUGAUAAAUCAGACUAUAAAAACUAUCAGUCCAGUAUGACAGCCGAAACGACGUACGAUACAAGACUACGUGUACCUGAUAUGGAACUUUAUAUUGCAGAAGCAAGAGAACUAAGACAGAAAUAUAAUCGAAAUCUGAUAGCCUUAAUGAACCAGUAUGGUGUACAGACAGAAGCCGAGAUUUGUUCAGGCUAUGUGAUCAAAUGGCUCAAGAAAGGCAAGAGUAAGUCUAAUUAUGAACAUCACAACUAUACCGUCAAGGCAGUUAAGUCCUUCAAGACCACAUGGAAAAAAGAUUUUGAAAGAGAGUUUUUGGAUGCCAGUAAAUCGAUUGAUCCCUCUAAACAGCACUUAUUGGAAGCCAAAGCAGCUGCUUGGUACUAUGUCACAUAUCAUACAGAAGAGCGCAUGCGAGAUAUGUCUUUGGAAGGAGGGUUCCUUAGUUUUCCCUGGUGCAUCUUUGAGCAUAUCUGUGCUAUUGCCACCAAAAAUGUAGACCAAGGCUAUGAUUUUGAUGCACUUGCUCCUGUUCCUGAAGAAGCGAUUCAAAAAGGAAAACUCAGGCUACAAACCAUGAGAAAUGAAAUUGCUAUACUUGAAGAAUCGGAUGAUGAAGAUGAAGACGACGAUGUGGAUUAUAAAGAAGACUCGGACGAUGUUUCCUCGGAUGAUGAAGUGCUUAAUCUCAAUAGUUAUGCCCACAAUACCUUUAUGGAUCAAUACAACCAAAACCAAGACCAUGAUUCGGCACCUUCUAUCAAUACCUCAUCCAGAAAACAAGAAGCCAUAAUCAGUCUACCACCCAGCACAUCUGCUUUACCUGCCGAUAUUAGUCAAGACGACUUGCUAGAAGCUCUUUUAGGACAAAUUAUCCAAUAAAAAGCCGGCAUUACAGUCACGACAACGCGCUUUUUCGU